AUGGCAUACCUGCCCAAGUCAUCAUCCAUCUUGAUUGUAGGGUCAGGGACCUUUGGGCUCAGCACAGCAGUCCACUUGGCUAGACGUGGUUUCACCAACAUUCAAUGUCUGGACCGGUUUCCUUAUCCAUCACCCGACUCAGCCGGGUACGACGUCAACAAAAUUAUCGGAAUGCGAAAUGACACAGCUCUGACAGCACGAGUAAGUCGAGAGGCGCUGGCUGGCUGGCAGGAGCCAUUGUUUGAAUCAGUAUGGCAUGAAGUCGGCCUGAUCACCGCUGCCACAAACGAGGAGGCAACGGAGUACUGCAGAAGUGCUUAUCAGAGCUGGAUCGACUGUGGCGAAGGUGACAAUGUGCAAUGGCUGGAGUCUGCGAAAGACUUUCAGGAACUUGUGCCGCAGCUUCGGAACGGCUCACUAUCGAACUGGCGCGGUUUCUACCACAGGCGAGCAGGUUGGGCAUAUGCAGCGGAGGCAUUGCGGUUAAUGGGUGACGAGGCUGCGAGGCUGGGAGUCAGAUUCGCAACCGGAGCGUCGGCGACAAUGAAGUCUUUAUUGCUGGACAAUCAAGGUAGGGCCACAGGAAUCGUCGCAGAAGACGGCACACGCUGGAUUGCCGACCGGAUUGUUCUUUGCACUGGUGCAUGGAGCGACGCUCUGCUCGAUACAGAAGGCCAGCUAGAGGCAAAGUGUUGGACGGUGGCGCAUAUUCAACUCUCUCCGGAAGAGUGUGCAGCGUUCAAGGACAUUCCCGUCGUGAUGAACCUAGAAGAAGGCUUCUUCUUCGAGCCCAGUGAGGACGGUCAGAUCAAAAUCUGUAAUGAAUUUCCUGGCUUCACUCACAAGGUGACCUUGGAUGACGGGCGGGAAACGAGCGAGCCUCGGUCGAAUGCUCAAAACCCCGGGGACACAAUCCCACACCAGUCACGAAAGGAGGUCAGAGAGCUUCUAGCCAAGACUAUUCCACAAUUCAAGGAUAGACAAUUCGUGGUAGAGAAAGUGUGCUGGUGUACUGACACCCGUGACCGAAACUGGCUGCUCGACGUACAUCCAAAGCAUCCACGCCUGAUUGUUGCAACGGGAGAUUCAGGCAAUGCAUUCAAGAUGCUUCCAGUUAUUGGUAAAUACAUCUCGGAUCUGGUGGAAGGAAAAUCUCUGGAUCCAAUGCUGAAGGAGGCAUGGAGAUGGCGACCAGACAAGACGAGUCGUGACCAAAGAUGGGGUGGUGAUGGCAAGACGCGUGAUCUGAAGGAUAUGGAUGGCUGGAAGAAUGACGAAUCCAGAUCUGCAAGGGAGUCGAAAUUAUGA